AUGGCCACAAACCAGCAUAGUCCUGCGUACGAAGGGGAGACUUUCGAUGAUGCUCGUGAGACUGCCGAGAUCCAGGAGAACCUCAAUGUCACCAUUCCCCCUGCCUCCACCCGAUCCUUGACCGAUAGUCCCCCAAUCGGCUCAUACCAGUCCCCGGAAUCCACGGAGAGACCUCCGCUGCCUUCUGCAUCGCCGGCCGAGAAGAAGGACGAGACCACCGACAAAGAGGACAAAGAUGACGAGGAGGAACAACCCAAGGGCAAAAACAAAAAGAAGAACAAGAAGAAGGGGAAUAAGAAGGGUGAUGAGUCUGAGACUAAUGACGAAACUAAGUACGACACCGAUGAGGUGAACCCUGUGGCCGACGAGCCCAGUGAAAGCGACAAGCCGGAACAAGGGCCUGAGGUUACGCAGACAGAAACAGAAACCGCCACAGAGGAACACAAUGAGAAAGAACCAAAGUCACCCUUGCUUACAUCCCACCGGUUAUCGACAGGCUCAUCGCUCGCCGAGGUGAAUCUGGUGAACAGCAACCAAGAAGACCCGGCGGACAUGACACCCCGCCCGGACGAUAAGAUGGAACCCCCUCCAUUGCCCCCGAAGGAUGAAUCAGCUUCAGCGAGCUCUGGGCUGAUGGGCUUGUCGGGCAGUCUUCCCUCAAUGCCGUGGGGAGCACCCCCAGUGAACAAGAAUCCCCCGCCAGUGCCCGCGCCACCCCCUGCGCGAAAGCCAAGUGGUCCAUUCGCGUGGUUCUCUCGCAGUUCAACCUCAACCGCCAAAGACGCCAAAUCCCCUUCUCUGACAGCAAGCCGACGCAACACUGCUACCUCGGUAUCCACACUCGCAAGCAACCCGGAACACCGCGAUGGCGACGACAUCUCAAGCAUCGGCUCCAAGAAGCCAAGACGGAACAGUCUCAAGGAUCAAUUCAAGAUGCUGCGACUGCGAGAGGAGAGCUUGGCACCAGAGGCCGAUCAAACGAGCGCCCGCUCAGGGCGCGCCAGCAUCAGCCAGUCCGGAGCCAGCCCGCCUAUCAUCCCGGAGGAGGGAGAGGAAUCAAUUCUGGUUGCGCCACCAACCCCGUCACCCGGCGCGACUCACCCUGGCGCAAGGAAUGAUUCGGUGACUGACGCCUCGGUCCCGGUUGACUGGGAGAUGUGGCAACAGCUUGUGAACAACGGGCCAUCGGCCCUGGCAAGCUCGGAGGAGCUCAACGCUGCAAUCAAGCGCGGAAUCCCACAGACCAUCCGAGGUGUGAUCUGGCAGAUUUUGGCAGAUUGCCACACUGCCGAGUUGGAGGAUACCUACCGCGAACUGGUGGCGCGAGGUACUGCACAAGAUAGAGAUGGACGACCGGCAAACGGUGCCGAAACUACGUCGUCACGCUCCUCGAUUCGCUCGCAUCACUCAGGGUCUGUCUCGCGGUCCCGCAGCCAGACCCCUAGCCCGUCCUACGAAGGCGAAGAUAAAGCAAAGGAGCAAGCGAUCAACGAGGCUGAUCGUGCAAAGAAAGCAAAGACUGAUGCGGUGGCUCUUUCAAAAUUAGAGAAGGCCAUCAGGCGAGACUUGGGUGCCCGCACCAGUUAUGCCAAAUACUUUGUUUCCCAAGGAAGCCAAGAAGGCUUGUUUGGUCUUUGCAAAGCAUACGCAUUGUACGAUGAGGGGGUUGGCUAUGCGCAAGGCAUGAAUUUCAUUGCGAUGCCUUUGCUCUUCAACAUGGACGAAGUCGACGCAUUCGCCAUGCUUGUCAAGCUGAUGAACAAAUACUCUCUGCGAGACAUGUUCAUCCAAGAUAUGCCUGGUCUUCACCGGAGUCUGUACCAGUAUGAGCGAUUACUCGAGGACCUUGAGCCCGCCCUUUACUGCCACCUGCGGCGUCGUGGUGUACCGCCCCAGCUAUACGCCACUCAAUGGUUCCUGACGCUGUUUGCCUACCGUUUCCCGUUGCAGCUAGUACUGCGCAUCUAUGAUUUGAUCUUCGAGGAGGGAUUGGAGACCACCAUCCUCAAAUUUGGAGUUGCGAUCAUGCGACGGAACUCCGAAACGCUGCUUGAAAUGAAGGAUAUGAGCGUCCUGACCACUUUCCUGAAAGAGCGCUUGUUCGAUGCCUACAUUGAUAAGCAGCCAUCCACCUCAUCGAUCCUGGAGUCGGGCUUCUUUGGCAGCUCUGGUGCUUCAGACAAGGAGGUUUACCGAUCCGAUAUUUUGGUGCAGGACGCCUGCGCGGUCCCUCUUACAACUGAAAUGCUCACCACCUACACUGCCGAAUGGGAGGAAAAGACCCGCACUGAGAAGGAGCGCGAAGCCGAGCUGGAGCAUCUACGACACACCGUUGGUAUUCAAGGAGCACGGGUCCGGCUCCUCGAAGAGCGCGCCGAGGCGUCAGACAAGGAACACGUGCAGCUAGCAUCCGAGCUGGUGCAUGUCAAAGUGGAGAACGAGGAGCUCCGCGACGUCAACGACGCAAUGAAGGUGCAAGUUGACGAGCUCAAGAACGUCGUUGACAAGCAGCCCGCCGAGGUUGAGGAGAAGCUUCGAUUGGAAAUGGAACGCAUCAUGAAGCGCAACAUCGAGGUCCAGAACGAGAAUCGUGCGAUGGAGGAAUCCAUGUUCGAGAUGGAGAAAGAGCUAGUCGCCACCAAGAUGAAGUGGGCAGAGAUGUCCGAGAACCACGAGACUCUCCGCCAGAAAUGGAGCGACCUUCGUCGCGCCCUCGACUAA